AUGAAGUUCUCACGAGUUCUCUUCUUCGCCUCUCUUGCUCUAGCUGCACCUGCAGCUCUUGUUGAGAAAGAUGAGCCAGCUCUUCUGCUUGACGAGCGCCAAAACGACCCAGUGUCAGCCGUUAUCACUGCACUCAAUUCAGUGACAAACACCAUCAACACCAGUGGUGGCGCGAUCCAAUCGGCAAUCAAUGGAAUCACUGGAAAUGUUGAUGCCCAAGUCCAAGUCCUUAUUCGGGCCAAUCUGGAUGCCAUUCUCAAGGCCCUUCAAGGCUCCAUAGCUACUAUUCUCGCCUCGACCCUUGAUUCGACUGGUAAUAUUACCGCAGCCGCCUCUGGCCUCACCCAAGCACAAAUCAACAAUCUUGCAGCAGCGAUCCAGGGUGCCGUUGCAGCUGUCAACCGGCUCAGGAUUAUUGUCACCCUCACUGCCACAGACCUCACCCCCGCCGUGUUCGAUUUAGUCCAGGGCCAGAUCACCGCCAUCCAAAACACCAUCCAACCCUUCAUCACCCCUGUUGCCGCUUUCGCCAAUGCAGUUUCCAGAUUGAAUGCCAGACUCGGCAUCUAUGUUCUGGGACUAAGCAACGUGACAUCCACGCUUGUCAGCACUAUCCAGAACUUGCUCAAUGGGCUGGGCCUUGGGGGUCUUGGAAACCUUCUAGGUUAA